CAUGGCCAACGUGCUCUGUAACAGAGCAAGAUUGGUCACCUACCUACCAGGGUUUUAUUCCUUAGUCAAAAGAGUUGUAAAUCCCAAGGCUUUUUCUACAGCAGGUUCUUCUGGCUCAGACGAGCCUCGUGUUGCUGCUGCGCCUCCCGAUUUAUGUCCGAGAACUGUGUGGCCAGAUGAAGUAAUGGGUCCAUUUGGUCCUCAGGACCAGAGAUUCCAGUUGCCUGGUAAUAUUGGUUUUGACUGUCACCUGGAUGGCACUGCUUCUCAGAAGAAAAGCCAAGUUUCAAAAAGUCUGCCUGAUGUAUUAGCAGAGCUGUCAGCAAGUGAAAGGCAUGAAUUUGUAAUGGCACAAUAUGUAAAUGAAUUUCAGGGUGCUGAUGUUCCUCAGAAACAGCAAAUAAAUAACGCUGAAACUUACUUUGAAAAUGCAAAGGUAGAAUGUGCCGUACAAGCUUGUCCCGAGCUGUUACGAAAAGACUUUCAGUCAAUGUUUCCAGAAGUGAAUGCCAACUGUUUGACAGUAUUAACUGUCACCCAGAAGACUAAAAAUGAUAUGACUGCCUGGAGUCAAGAAGUGGAGGAUGAGAGAGAAAUGCUGUUAGAAAAUUUCAUUAAUGGUGCCAAGGAAAUUUGCUACGCAAUUUGUUCUGAAGGCUACUGGGCUGACUUCAUUGAUCCAUCCUCAGGACUGGCAUUUUUUGGACCUUACACAAACAACACUCUGUUUGAAACAGAUGAACGCUACCGCCACUUGGGGUUUUCCAUUGAUGAUCUUGGCUGCUGCAAAGUUAUUCGUCAUAUCCUCUGGGGCACUCAUGUGGUUGUAGGAAGUAUUUUCACUAAUGCUGAACCCGACAGCCCUAUCAUGAGAAAACUGAGUGGUAACUAGCAGUCAUCAGGAGUUUCUCAAGUUCUUACGACCUCUGCAUUCUUUAGCCUGAUGAUUCUCUCUAAGCAUUUUCACUUUAAUGUAUUCUUAGAUAAUAAAGUAGCUGUUACUU